AUGGAAAUCUCUCGCUUUUUGCUUGGAUUAUGCGGCUUUGUCCACUUUUACAGCUCUGUUUCAGCAGAGUCCACAUGCAAGCUGAAGGCCAAGUUCAACUUGAACCGCUACAAGGAUGUAGAGAAGAAGACGGUUGUUAUUGGGGGGAUGUUUCCUAUUCACAUGCGCAUUGCUUCCAGUGAUGGCAACACUUCAAGGGGGCCUGUGUCCUCGGGGUGUGAGGGGUUUAAUUUCCGUACCUUCCGCUGGACCCAGACCAUGCUGUUUGCCAUAAAUGAAAUUAACCAGAAGGACAACCUGCUGCCGAACACCGACCUGGGUUAUGUCAUCUAUGACUCCUGCUUCACCAUCUCCAAGGCCGUGGAGGGCACCCUAACCUACCUGACGGGCCAAGAUGAGGCGGUACCCAACUAUCGCUGUGGGACUGGGCCCCCUCUGGCUGCUCUGGUGGGUGCUGGGGGUUCCGACCUGUCCAUUGCCACGGCUAGGAUACUUGGACUUUAUCACUUCCCACAGGUCAGCUAUUGUUCCUCUUGCUCCGCCCUGGAAAGUAAGUUCCAGUUCCCCACCUUCCUCAGGACCAUUCCCAAUGACAAGCACCAGUCUACAGCUAUUGCCCAGCUGGUGCUUCACUUCGGCUGGACUUGGGUGGGCACAAUAGCGGCCGAUGAUGAUUAUGGCAAGUACGGCAUCAAAGACUUUAAGGAGCAGGUGGAGGAAGCUGGUGUUUGCAUCUCCUUCUCUGAGACCCUGCCCAAGGUCAAUUCCCCUGGGGUCAUCCAGCGUAUUGUUAAAACUGUAAUUGAAGCCACAGCCAAGAUCAUCGUGGUCUUCUCAUCAGACGUGGACCUCAGUCCUCUUAUCCUCGAGCUGCUCCGGCACAAUGUGACCAACCGCACCUGGAUCGCCAGCGAGGCCUGGGUCACCUCCGCUCUCAUUAACCAGCCUGGGGUGAGCUCCUUGCUGGGUGGUACCCUGGGCUUUGGAGUAAAAAGGGCUGACAUCCCGGGUCUUCAGCGUCGUCUACUGGAAAUAGACCCCUAUGAUGACCCGCUCACAGAGGAAUUCUGGGAGACGUUGUUUAACUGCACAUUAGACUAUAGCAAAGCAGUGAAGCAGGCCAAACAGAGGGCCAAGGAGGAUAACGGCACGCUGUCCAGGGCAGUGACGGGGGUCCUUGAUGGGCUGUGUACAGGCAAAGAGUCUCUGGCAGAACUCAAUAACACCUACUCUGAUGUUUCUCAGUUACGAAUCACCUACAGUGUGUACAAAGCUGUGUACGCUGUGGCCCAUGCCUUGCACAACUUGGAGCAUUGUGAAAAGGGACAGGGGCCAUUCAACGGGAACAACUGUGCCAACAUCACCAACUUUGAGCCAUGGCAGCUUAUGUACUACGUGAAGAACGUGCGCUUCAAUGUACCGCACACGGGCGAAGAGAUCUACUUUGACGAGGGGGAUGUAGAAGGCGUCUAUGACAUCAUCAACUGGCAGUUUAAUAGUAAUGGGGAGAUAUCCUACGUCACUGUGGGACGUUACAAUGGCUCCGCAGCCCCAGAGAACAAGAUGACCAUAAUGAAUGACUCCAUUCUGUGGAACAAUGACAUGUUGGAGCCCCCUCGGUCAGUGUGCAGUGAGAACUGCCAGCCGGGCACCAGGAAGGGAAUCCGGCAGGGAGAGCCAGUCUGUUGCUUUGACUGUAUCCCAUGUGCUGAUGGAGAGAUCAGCAACUCAACUAAUGCUCGUGCGUGUAUCCUGUGUAGUUACCAAGACUGGUCCAAUGAGGCUCAUGAUACCUGUGUCCCAAAAAUCAUUGAAUUCCUGGCCUUUGGAGAGCCUCUGGGGAUCACUCUCAUCAUCAUCUCAGCCUUCGGAGCACUAGUGACCAUCGCUGUCGGGGUGGUGUUUGUUGCACACAUUGGCACCCCUUUGGUAAAAGCCAAUGAUCCUCUGUUGAGUUUCUCGCUACUCUUCUCGCUGGUGGUGACCUUCCUCUGCUCCAUCGUCUUCCUUGGAGAGCCUCAGCACUGGAGCUGCAUGACAAGUCAAGUGGCCCUGGCCCUGGGCUUUGCUCUCUGCCUUUCUUCCAUAAUGGGUAAGGCUGCAGUUUUGAUGAUGAGAGCUCGCGCUCUGAAGAAAGCGCGUGCCGCUGCCAAAGCAGCAGCCAAAGCUGCAAAGGCUGGCAAUCCGGAUGUCACUGUAACCAACACACUAAACAACAAUGACGCCAAUGCCUGUGCCAACCCUGAAGUUGACAGUCUCACCUGCGCCCACCAGAGGGCGAUAGCUGCUGUGGCUACUUUAAUACAGGCUGUAGCAUGCACAGUGUGGCUCGUCAUCCUCCCUCCAUUUCCUGUCCAGAACACCUCUGCCCAGAAUAUAAAGAUCAUUCUCGAGUGUGAUCAAGGGUCUGUGGUCUUCAUCUGUUGUAUCUUUGCCUAUGAUAUCCUGCUGGCUCUACUGGCCUUCAUCUUUGCCUUCAUAGCCCGCAGACUGGAGGACCACUUCAGUGAAGGGAAGAGUGUCACCUUUGGCAUGCUCGUCUUCUUCAUCGUGUGGAUCUCCUUUGUCCCGGCAUACCUAAGCACACGUGGCAAGUUCAUGGUUGCUGUCCAGAUCUUUGCCAUCCUGGCUUCCAGCUUUGGCCUGCUAACCUGCAUUUUCCUGCCCAAGUGUUAUGUUCUUUUGGUCAAACCUGAACGCAACACAGAGGAGAUGAUGAGGCCCCGCGCUAAACCACGUGAUGGGACCUCGACCGGGACCUCGGCAUCAAUCGCUACAGCUGCUACUGAGGUCAAUGCUUCGAUAGCAUCCACUGCUAUUGAUGAUUAGUGGAGCAGUACUAAACUGAGCCAAAAUACUGAAAUAAUGUAGAUGGCAGAUGGCAAACUAGUCCAGCUGAUUAGGGUUCCUAGACAUAUAUUUCACAAUCAUCAUGUUUGGUCAAAAUCUUUUAUUAACAUGCCCUAGUCUAGUAUCUUCACAUGUAUUAGAGAGGGUUGAUUUCAAUAUUCAAUAAGCAAUUACCAUGAGGGAAGAAAACUACCUCACUGAUUACUCAAAAAUAAGUUUCAAAAAAAUUGCUUUAACUCUUAAUGUCAAAUCACUAUUGUGGUAGCAGAAUUAAAAUUAAAAU